AUGCCGAGUGAUAUUCUCACUCACGUCUUGCACACCAUCCCGUUCCGCAACUUCGAGCCUAUCCCCGACGUGCCAGCAUUGGAUCUAGACACCCUUUCAUCUCUCAACCAGUACGGCAAAGCUGUCUACCUGACCGCCAUUGAGAAUGUCACCAGCAACCCAGACUGGUUUCUGGGCGAAACACCAGACGCAGCAGGGGCCCUCCAUAACUCUACUGCCUGUGCCGUGGUGGUGAUUGAGAAGGCCGAACAAGAAGUUGAUGCGUUUUACUUCUACUUCUACUCCUUCAAUGAAGGCGCAGACAUCACCCAAGUGCUGCCUCCCUUGAACAGGAUCUUCCCAGAUGGUAGACCCGGGGAUCAUUUCGGAGACCACGUGGGUGACUGGGAGCACAACAUGAUCCGAUUCAAGAACGGCAAGCCAACGGGCAUCUACUUUAGUCAACACGGCAGUGGCCAGGCCUGCAAAUGGGAUGACGGAAGUUGCGUGUCUAAAGACGGUGAUAGACCGGUCGUUUUCAGCGCCAGAGGCUCGCAUGCAAACUAUCCUACUGAAGGGAACCAUACACACGACGAGGCCCUUGUAGACAUUGCGGACAAAGGUCGCCGCUGGGAUCCUAUUCCAUUGGCUUACUUCUACAAGUACGAUCCUGCAACAGACGUCCUCACCCCAGCAGAUCCGGGCACCUAUCCGACCGACUGGUUCCAUUUCGAGGGCGCGUGGGGCGACAAGAAAUACAAGGAUUCCGACCCUCGCCAGAAGACCGUCCCUUACUUUGGGCUGAAGAAGUAUGAUAACGGGCCUACAGGACCGAAGUUCAAGCAUCUUGUCCGGAAAGGACUGGUGCCAGAUGAGCCCCCGGAGAGGAAUCUGAUGAAGGCUCUCGUUGGCUUCUACCUGUCUCUGUAUGGGUGCUGCCUCCAUGGACACAACCCGUGGGUAGUCGUCGUCUUCACCAUCGUUGUCUUGGCGGCGAUUAUCUUUUUGGCAGCGUUCACAUUCAGGAAAGGCUGUCUAUUCCUGAGGAGGCGGCUCCGCCAAAGACGAGCCGAAAAGGGAACGGCCGAGUUAAAUGUGCCCUUGUUAGACCUUGAGAGGGCUGAAGAUGAAUCGUAG